AUGAGUCGAUCGAAUGUUAAUCUAUUGGAUUUACCUGAUGAGAUAUUACUUCUUAUUUUGAAAAAACUGAACAAUAUUGAUGUUCUUUAUUCAUUUAUCGACGUUAAUAAUGAUCAUUUGAACAGUCUAGCACGAGAAAAAAUCUUCAGUGAUACUCUCAAUAUUGUACCCAUCGAUAACGUUUCUGCAAUUGAUCAACAAAAACUUGAUCGCUUUUGCAAGGUUAUAUUGCCAAAAAUUCAUGACAAUGUGAAAUGUUUUAUUCUUGAACCACUUUCAAUGGAAUGUAUUCUUCUUGCUGCUGAUUAUCCAAGUCUAAUUGAACUUAAACUUUUUAAUUUCACGCAAGAAAUUGAUUUAAAUUAUUUUACAAAUGAAUCUUCUCUUCGAUAUAUCUUUCAACAAAAACUUACACAUCUUACUCUCGUAAAUAUUGAUAAGCGGACUGAGAUAGAAUCAUUGAAAAACUAUAAUAGAAAUGUAUAUGAACAUAUCAUGAAGUUCUUUAGAAAUUUAAAAUAUUUGAGUAUUAUUGAAACACACUAUCGAUCAUAUCCACCUUUAUUACUCUAUAAUUCACCAUCAAUUAGUUUUUCCUCUACAAUUCUCGCUUAUUUAUGUAUCAAUGUGAACACAUUUGAUGAUUGUCUUUAUUUACUUGAUGGUCGACUCAAACAAUUAACUACACUUAUUGUUCAAAUAUAUAAAACAAGCAAAUCUUCAUCAGUCACUCCCAAUAUGGAUAAUUUACCUAAUUUGAAAUAUUUUUCAUUGAAAUGUUAUUUUCUACUUGAUAUAUAUGAUGAGAAAAUUUUACCUCUUCUUCAUCAUAUGACAUAUCUGGAAAAAUUAACUUUAUAUCUUUGCAUACAAAGUCGAGGUACAUUUAUCGAUCGUUCUCAUCUUCAAAAUGAAAUUCUUCUUUAUAUUCCACAUCUUCAUUCAUUUACUUUUUAUAUUAGUACUUAUGAUCUUGCUACUGAUUUAUUUCGUUAUGUGCCUGGACAUGAUAUUCAACGAAUUGAUGCAAAUAUUGGAUACGAACAAUAUAUGGCUAAGAUGAUAAAUUAUAUCAAUAUUGAUGAAGCUGUAUGUACUAUCUUCUCACUUCCUUUUGCAUUUCAUCGAAUUCGAGCUGUUGGAAACAUAUUUCCAGAUAUUGUAUUCAAAUAUGUUACCAUCUUAGUGGUACAUGAUAUAGUUCCAUUCAAUCAUGAAUUCUUUCUUCGGGUUUCUCGAUCUUUUCCAUUACUGCAGACACUUCAUGUUAUCAAUCUUAUAUCACAAUCGUCGUGCGAUAUUAACUCAUUUUUAUCUUACGAUAGUCAAUCAUGCUCAAUCGCUAAAUAUCUUCAUCUCACCACAUUUAACGUCAGACGGGGAAAUAUUAACAAUGUUGAAGAAUUUUUAAAUGAAACGAAAACAUCUAUACCAUGUCUAACCAAAUUAAUGAUUAAAUACAAUGAUUUGAGAAUUGUGACGAAAAACUUUACAAGAGAAGAAACACGACACAAUUGUUCAUUAGGAAAUCUUCACUCCUUAAUAUAA